AUGGACGCGGCGUCCAUCAUAACGCAGGUGGCGCGGGACGACGACGGCGUCGACGACGGCCCGGAUCACCAGCACGCGGCUGCCGCCGCUGAGAAACACCUCCAGGUCCACCCGGGGGCCGCGUCGCAGAAGAGGUCGACGCGCAACUUUCUCCGCGCCCUGCUAUGCUGCUUCGGCGAGCGCGGGAGACGGGGCGCCGCCUCCAAGGGCGGCGCCGCCGACCACCACCACCUCCACGGCGCCGUCGACGGUUCGCCGCCGUACGGCAUCGCGGACGAGCGUCUCGCUUUCCUGUUGCCGCCCGUGCGGCAACAGGACGCCCACAAGAAAUGCAUGGUGAUCGAUCUGGACGAGACCCUGGUGCACAGUAGUUUUAAGCCGAUCAACAACGCGGACUUUAUCAUACCGGUCGAGAUCGACGGCACCGUGCACCAGGUCUACGUGCUGAAACGUCCGCACGUCGACGACUUCCUCAAGCGCAUGGGCGAACUGUACGAGUGCGUCCUGUUUACCGCGUCCCUCGCGAAAUACGCCGACCCGGUGGCCGACCUCUUAGAUCAGUGGGGCGUUUUUAGGGCGCGGCUGUUCCGCGAGAGUUGCGUUUAUUACCGCGGCAAUUACGUCAAAGACCUGAACAAACUGGGCAGGGACCUGCAGCAGAUCGUCAUCGUCGACAACUCGCCCGCUUCGUACAUAUUUCACCCGGACAACGCGGUGCCGGUCGCGUCGUGGUUCGACGACGCGAACGACAAGGAGUUGCUCGACCUGGUGCCGUUUUUCGAGAAACUAAGCAAAAUGGACAACGUUUACACGGUGCUGUGCAAUUCGAACCGGCCGAUCGGCAAUAAUCGGGCGACGGUCGAGCAGCUCGACGACCAACAGACGCAGCAGCAGCAGCCGCCGCGCGUGUAG